AUGACGAUACAUAUUCGCGACGCCACUGCGGACGACCUGCCCGCCAUUGCUCGCAUUGCAUCGGCAGCUUUUCAUCCCGCAACCGAUGCCAUUGCAGCACGGCUCUUCCCAACUCAGCUACAGGAGCAGGACAGUACAAGGGACAAUGAUAUCUAUUCAUGGAGAUACGCCAAGAAGACAGCAAGUCUGUCCUCCCCGGACGCGGUCAUGGUCGUAGCCAUCGAUGACGCUCUCCCUCUAAGCGACCAAGUUGUGGGCUUUGGCCUCUGGGAUGUAUACGAGGACAAGCCGAAACCCGCGCACAACACUUACACGCAGACGGAUUCCGAAAAGGCGGCCAAUCAGCCCCGAUCUACUGUCCAAGAAGUGCCGCCACCCUCAUUCGACCAAGAGGCCAAUAAAGAUCUUGAUUAUCUCGGAGUGGACCCGCGCCACCAGCGGAAGGGCAUCGGGAGGAUGCUGCUGGAUUGGGGGCUGAGCCGGGCUGCGAGCGUGAACAAGGACUGCUAUCUGAUGGCGACACCGGCUGGCAGGCCGUUGUAUACAAAGAGGGGGUUUGAAGUGGUGAGGACUGUGCCGAUAUUUGGUGUGCCGCACCACUCUAUGGUCUUCAGACACGGCAACUGA